GUUACGUUACAAUCAUGUUGCGAAGAUCCUUAUACUCGUGCAUGUGUACAAGAAAUUAUGCGAAUCAAGCAACUUUUCAAAAGAAACAAAGUCCUUUAAUGAAAAGGAUUGUAAAUGAGUUUGAUAAUUAUGUUCCAAAGGUAGUUGAUGAAAGUUUAGCGAAAAUGACCUAUGUAAAUAUGUCAGAGAUGAAAGACAGAAUUAAAAAGGCAUCAGAAUAUUACACAAUCGGAAGAAAUCCAGUGCAAGGUGAAUUCAUGUUGUCCGCUUAUGAGUCAAUGAACAAGGACUUGAAGAUAACGGAUGAAUUGGUACAUCAGUUGCAAGUGGUUGUUACGACCGUCGAGAUGCUGCAAUCGUAUUUCUACUUUUGGGACGACUUAGAAGACGAAUCUGAAACCCGUCUAAACAAACCUUGUUGGCAUUUGGUAGAUAACAUCGGUAUGAUGGCUUUUAAUGAUGCCUGUAUCCUGAGAAGUUUCAUCGAUGAGGUGCUGAGACAAAAUUUUAACUUGGAAAUGCGUGACAAAAUUAUGAAUGUUUAUCAUCAAGUAUAUUUUAACUCAUCUAUGGGUCAACAUUUUGACGCUGAAGUAUCAAGGUCCAAAAACUAUGACAAUUACACAAUGGAAACAUAUGAUAUGAUUUGUGUAUUAAAAUCUUCUGCCUAUGCAAUUAAGUCACCACUUCUGUUAGCAUUAGUUCUAAGUAACAAAUUAAAUAAAGAGUCUAUUGAUAUUGUUGAAAAUCUAUCCGCCGAUAUUGGUAUAUUAAUUCAAUGUCAUAACGAUGUGAUUGACUACUACAACACUAAAGGUAAUGUCACCGGAAAAAGUGGAUCAGAUAUUCAGUUGGGCAAAUGCUCGUGGGUGGCUGCCGCGGUUCUAAGGAACUGCAACGCUGCUCAGCGGCGCAUUUUUAAUGAAAACUACGGCAAUACGGAUCCAGAGAAAGUAAAUCGUAUUCUUCAAUUAUACGAAGAGAUAAACGUUGAAAAGCUUUACAAGCAAGAAGAACAGAGACGUUUCGACGUUUUUAAUAAAAAAAUAACCACGUUGCCAAAGAACGCCACACCAUCUGCCGAAUUCUUUAAGAGUUUCUAUAAUUUAGUUCAAUAUUAUACCCAAGACGUUUCAUCUUUUAUGUACGACAAAUAAUAAAUUAAGUUAUCAGAACAAACUAUCACAGAACCUUAACUAAAUGUGAAUGUGUUUCCAA